AAAUGGAGUUUGGUUCUUGACAGCGAGGCUUUGCAACGUGGCUCCUGUUAUUUUGAGGGACUAAUUUGUUGGAAAUAUCUAAAAUUUGAAAACAUAUAUAGCCGAUAAUUCCUACAGAUAUCGGCACUGGCUUUCAGAAAAGGAAUUGGAGAUUUACUUUCUUACCAAGAUGUCAGCUUUAGAUGGGGACGUACCUUCCAGUUCACAGCCCAAUAUAUUUAGUAGGGCUUAUAAACGAUAUUGUGAGAUUCAUCAAUAUUAUCUAGAUAGGUCUACACCAUAUUCAACAGGAAGGUGGAUAUUUACUGCCAUUUUAUUGUUUGUUUAUCUUUUACGUGUAUAUAUUUUACAGGGGUGGUAUAUUAUAACCUAUGCACUUGGUAUCUAUCUAUUAAAUCUGUUUAUAGCAUUCCUUACUCCUAAAAUUGAUCCGGCACUUUUAGAAGAUUCAGAAGAUGGUCCAUCGUUACCUACGAAAGCUAAUGAAGAAUUUCGACCUUUCAUGAGAAGAUUACCAGAAUUCAAAUUUUGGUAUUCGUGUUCUAAAGCCAUUGUAAUUGGUAUGAUUUGUACAUUUUUUGAGGCUUUAAAUAUCCCAGUAUUCUGGCCUAUAUUAGUCAUGUAUUUUAUUAUACUAUUUACUAUUACUAUGAAAAGACAAAUUAAGCAUAUGAUCAAGUAUAGAUAUAUACCCUUUUCUCAUGGUAAAACUAAAUAUCGAGGGAAAGAAGAUACAGGAAAAGUUGUAGGCCAUUAAUAAAUUUAGUUUUAUAUUUAUAUAUCAAUAUAUAUCAUUAUGUAUAUAAUUCCUUUAUGUCAAUUAUCAUAUUAAUUUCAGUUUCAACCAUUAGGUGAAUGUAAAUAUGAUUGUAAUGUUACAUAUUCAUUGAAUUUUACAUACUUCCAUGUUAUAUUAAGUUUUUUGAUGUUCUGUUCACCAAAAAUAGGGAGAAUUUUCCUUUUUGAUCCUUGGAUGUAACUUGGACAAAUUUGGGAAGUGAUUGACAUUUGUUCGUUCUUAUUCUAUAUCCUAUUUUUGACCUAUGUUCUGUCUUGCUAUUCCCAUCUUGAUUUAUCAAGUGAUAAGUGAGUCCAUCAGAUACAAAUAACCCUUCAAAGGCAAUGGUGUUAUUAAUGUUCAGUAACAGAAAAAUGACUCUUGUUUCACGAAAAAAUUCUUAGAAUUCGACAAGGCAUAUUCUUCCAACAAAGUAUUGUAGUCUUUCACACUGAAAACCUUUCUUCUGAGGAAUCUAUCAAAACUGACGCUAAUGGAGAGUAUUUGUGAACCAAAUGGUCUAAUGUGUCAAGGGUUAGAUAUCAUCUCACAGACUCAAAUACCCUUGGUAAAUCAAGAUGUCCGUAACCAAUUAACCACUGUUAACCCUGUUUAUUUCAGGAUUUGGUUAAUAAUCCAGUUUCAAGCACGCCUUCAAUUUAGUUAUGUUCCUCCUUUUCUUUAUACCUUUUACACUAUGCAUAUUUAUUUAUUGUGGUCAAAUUAAAAUAUUAGUUUAGAAUCUAAAAGUAACUGUCUGUGAAAAAGGUCGAUCUUGUUGAUUUAGUAUUCAAAUUUUCACGAAACUGCGAGAACAGCUUAAAAACAUUGUUAAUUACUAAUGGUGGACUCUGUAGAAACACACGUUGAAAUAAAUUUAAUUUAUGACACGUUUUGUCGCUUUCUUGUGGGUAAAACUUGGCAGCUGUCAAUAUUCAGCACUCAAUCAUUCUUGCUGAUAUGUGAAUAGUAUAUCCUCUAUUUCGGUAAGCAGUCAUUUGGGCACUAUUUUUUUUAAGCACUUAGGACACACUUCUUUUAGGCACUCGGUCGGUAGAGCACAGGUAUAUAUUUUUGUCUAAAUUUCAGUAAAUCUCUAUUUCAUGUCGCCUUUAUUCCCCACAAAAUCUAUUAUUUGCAUGAAAAUUUUAAUAGGAAGGGAAACAACUGCAUAAUGAUUAGAUAUGGAAUUGUUUAAGAGUUUUCAUUUACAAUAUCUAUAUUUUAUGUAACAGCUCAUUGAAAUGUGACCAACUGCAAUUAUUUAUUAAUACAUGUACAUAUAGAAGUUUUCUACCCUUUACAUAGCCUGAUUAACAUAGCUUUUUAGGGCAUCAUUUUUUAGUCACAUGGUUUUGGCAAUGGUGACAUCAUAUUUGUGUCAAGCAUUACUUUGGUGAAAAAGCAUCUUCAAAAUAUAUAUACUGAAAGAAAAGAAAAUGAUUAUUUUUAGGCUAUAUUAAAGGGAUUGUACAAGAACCAUGGAUGUCAGAAUGAAAAUUGGAAUGGUGUAAAUUGAUGAUAUCAGUGUCCCUGAUACACAUAGAAAAUUUAGAAAACCUCUUUACAAUCAGUUUAACUAUUAAUUCUGUCUUAAUGAUAUUUCCUUUUCCAUGUCUUAUGUUGUAUAUUCAUCCUAACAUAAUGCUUCAUGGGAAUAUUACGCUAUCAAAAAAUUUUGAAAAAAUUCGUACAAGACCAGUCAAUAUGUGCCUGAUACUCAAUAUCACUGUCUAUUUGUAAUAAGGUUAAGAAAUAAAUAUUAAAGUUUUAUUUAGUUGUAUAUCAUGUAUGUAAUAAUGUAUGAUAGUGAAAAAUUAUAGAUGUUUGAUUUGAUAACUGUAUAUAAACAAUGUGAAAUACUGUAUAUUAAAUAUUAAUCAAUUGUUGG